GCUUGGGUUGUAGGGCCUGGGCCAGCUUCUUGGAAAAUUGGUAUUGGUGAUUUAUUUCUUUUUGUUAUUUCUCGUCUUCGAUCUCUUCCUCAAAUAUGGGUAACAGGAGGAGGAAUGUCUUGGUUUUUGACUUCGGGAAUU